CGGGUGGCGGGCUGCGGGGAUGGACAGCCCCGCCCGGUCUCCUUCCGCGGGGACGCCAGGGUGGUGCGUGGCGGGGUUCCUCGGGAGCCGGCCGCGGCGGGGAGACCCGGAGCGGCGCGCUAGCUCCCGAGGCAUCCUGGGGACUGUAGUCCAGCGGCUCCGCAGGCUCGUGACCGUGACGGCGUGGCUCGGGCCCGCGGACUACAAAGCCCGGCGGCCCCAACCGCAGGGAAAGACCGAUAAACUUUGAGCAGACCGGGAGAGGGAAAGAAAUCUCCCUUUGUCGUGAGGGGGCUCUUGGGUGGUCGCGGAACUGGGCUCUGUGCGCAGGGAAAGGGAAGUGGAGUACACCAGUAAACAUAAGUAAAAGUUACUCUAGCAAAUUAACUGAGCCGGAGAAAGGGCUUUGGGAACCCGGAUUUAUAACCAAUUGAUCAGAAGUUCUGGAGGCCUGGACUAGUGAUUGGCAUCUGAAGUGGGGACACUCUACAGCCUGUGGGAUCUUAUGCUCUCUUCAGGUUUCUAAAAGAAGAUGAACUUGGCUGAGAUUUGUGACAAUGCAAAGAAAGGAAGAGAAUAUGCACUUCUUGGGAAUUAUGAUUCAUCAAUGGUAUAUUACCAGGGAGUGAUACAGCAGAUUCAGAGACAUUGCCAGUCAGUCAGGGACCCAGCAAUCAAAGGCAAAUGGCAGCAGGUUCGGCAGGAAUUACUAGAAGAAUAUGAACAAGUUAAAAGUAUUGUUAGCACUUUAGAAAGUUUUAAAAUCGACAAGCCCCCAGAUUUCCCUGUGUCUUGUCAAGAUGAACCUUUUAAAGAUCCUGCUGUUUGGCCACCGCCUGUUCCUGCAGAACACAGAGCUCCACCUCAAAUCAGGCGUCCCAAUCGAGAAGUAAGACCUCUGAGAAAAGAAAUGGCAGGAGUAGGAGCCCGGGGACCUGUAGGCCGAGCACAUCCUAUAUCAAAGAAUGAAAAACCUUCUACAAGUAGGGACAAGGAUUAUAGAGCAAGAGGGAGAGAUGACAAGGGAAGGAAAAAUAUGCAAGAUGGUGCAAGUGAUGGUGAAAUUCCAAAAUUUGAUGGUGCCGGAUAUGAUAAAGAUCUGGUGGAAGCCCUUGAGAGAGACAUAGUAUCCAGGAAUCCUAGCAUUCAUUGGGAUGACAUAGCAGAUCUGGAAGAAGCUAAGAAGUUGUUAAGGGAAGCUGUUGUUCUUCCAAUGUGGAUGCCUGACUUUUUCAAAGGGAUUAGAAGGCCAUGGAAGGGUGUGCUGAUGGUUGGACCUCCAGGCACUGGUAAGACUAUGCUAGCUAAAGCAGUUGCCACUGAAUGUGGCACAACAUUCUUCAACGUUUCCUCUUCCACACUGACAUCUAAAUAUAGAGGUGAAUCUGAGAAGUUGGUUCGUCUGUUGUUUGAAAUGGCUAGAUUUUAUGCCCCUACCACGAUCUUCAUUGAUGAGAUAGAUUCUAUCUGCAGUCGAAGAGGAACUUCUGAUGAACAUGAGGCAAGUCGCAGAGUCAAGUCUGAACUACUCAUUCAGAUGGAUGGAGUUGGAGGAGCUUUAGAAAAUGAUGAUCCUUCCAAAAUGGUUAUGGUAUUGGCUGCUACAAAUUUUCCAUGGGACAUUGAUGAAGCUUUGCGAAGGAGAUUAGAAAAAAGGAUAUAUAUACCUCUUCCAACAGCAAAAGGAAGAGCUGAACUUCUGAAGAUCAAUCUUCGUGAGGUCGAAUUAGAUCCUGAUAUUCAGCUGGAAGAUAUAGCAGAGAAGAUUGAGGGCUAUUCUGGUGCUGACAUAACUAAUGUUUGCAGGGAUGCCUCCUUAAUGGCAAUGAGACGGCGUAUCAAUGGGUUAAGUCCAGAAGAGAUCCGUGCACUAUCUAAAGAGGAGCUUCAGAUGCCUGUUACCAAAGGAGACUUUGAAUUGGCUCUCAAGAAAAUUGCCAAGUCUGUCUCUGCUGCAGACUUGGAGAAGUAUGAAAAAUGGAUGGUCGAAUUUGGAUCUGCUUGAAUUCCUGUCAGCUUUCUCAUUUCCGGCAUUUAUGUUUAUAACACAUGAAGAAAUUCCUGCAUUUUAUUUUUAACAGGUUUGAAAUGUUUCAUUGGAGAGAUUUUCUCUUAAAGGAAAAACAAAUCUAAAACCAUACAGAGAAGGAAAGCUUAUAGAAAGAGCCCGAUCGUCUCCCUCCCCUGUGUUGGCAUUCCACAGCUCCCUGCGUUGAUAUUGCACACCCAAGCCAGUUGGUCCGGAAGGGCAAAAAAGUGAGCAGUGUGCAAUCUUAGGAAUUUGUAUACAGAAGAUUUAGAGAGACCUCUGUUUCUCACUUGCUUUCGUCAUAUUUUGGGCUUUUAAGUUCUUUGCUCUGUGAACAUGAGGGGGACUUCUACAUACGUUGGCUUUUAACUAAGUUUGCAUCACAUUCAUUAUGUCUUGUUAAGAGAACGAUAGUACAUUUUAGAGGAAAUAAUGAAUUUGCUAGUUAAAUCUUUAGAAUUAUUACUAUUAGAGUGAAUCAUACAUAUGACUAGAAUUCUUGCCCCCCUACCUCCACCAUUUCCUCUAUUAACUGUUUAAUCACUUCUUGAGCUUUAUCAAGGAAUAUCCUCAUGUCCUGUGGUUUUGGAGUAAUUUCGCCAGGUCAUUUCUAUGAUCUUUAGUAUUUUUUGCUGGUGCUUCUUAUAUUUCAUACUGGAGAGGUGGAAAGAAUAUUAUGAUCGCAUUAGAUGCACUUCAUUCUAGAUUUAUAAGUUUGUUUCCACUUUCAAUAUGUUCAAACAAAUAUGGCCAUUAUUUUCUACUGCUUCAACAUUGUUUGAUUUUUGUUGAAUUAGUAUUUGAGAUAAGUACUUGGCAUUCUAAACAAGUCCACUCUUUUAUGGAUAAUGCAAAAGAAACAAAAUAUUCAUAGUUUUCCAGAUAGCUGAACAAAGCAAUGCUGCCUAUAAUAAACAACGUUCAUUUGAAAAUUUAAAAAUUCUUCCUUGCCUAGGUUGAGAGUUUGCACACACAGUGUGAGAUGAGGAUAGUAAUCCAACGCACUCCGUUCAGCAGAAAUUAGACAACAAGAAGGCAGAAACAGUAAAUGGCAGAUAUCUGAUCCAAGGACAAAGAAUGUGUCCUCGUAUUAGUAUUUUUAUAAUUACAUUUAUCCCAUUUUGAUUAUUAGGCAAUCUGUGCUUCAGUGGUAAAAUUUUAAAAAAUUUGUAUUUGAUGACAUUCUGAAUUCUCCAUUUUGGAAGCUCCUGCUGGUUUAAAAAUAAUAAAGCGUUUAGACACUUAAAAAAAAUAAAACUCUUAGUACCCUUUU